GCGCCCGCGAAGUAGGGAUUAAAAGUCAAAUUCCUACCAAAAAAAUAUUGGGAAAAUAGGUCGAAGAAGCAGCGACCCCAAUAACCAAUAUAUAUAUAGCAGUGUUGCCUUCGCCGUUUCAACUCCUUUCACUCCUCUUUCUCAUCAUCAUCAUCCUCUCCUCGUUCUUCUCCUCUCCAUCAUUAUUCUCGAGGCGAGUCGAACGCAGGACUUUUGUUUAACGUUGCAAUGGCAGAUAUGAACCAGCACCCAACUAUUUUCCAGAAGGCAGCCAACCAGCUGCACUUGAGCUCAAGUCUAUCCCAAGAUGUCCAUGCUCGCUCUGGGGGCAUUCAGCCUGCUCUUUACCAGAGGCAUUUUGCUUAUGGCAACUACUCCAAUACUGGACUGCAGAGAGGCCAAGCCACUCAGGAUCUAUCAUUGAUCACCUCAAACGCCUCACCUGUCUUUGUGCAGGCUCCUCAAGAGAAAGGAUUUGCAGCUUUUGCCACUGACUUCCUCAUGGGUGGAGUUUCUGCUGCUGUAUCAAAGACUGCUGCUGCCCCUAUUGAGCGUGUGAAACUUUUGAUCCAAAAUCAAGAUGAGAUGCUCAAGGCUGGUAGGCUCUCAGAACCAUACAAGGGAAUUGGUGAUUGUUUCGGGAGGACAAUUAAGGAUGAAGGUUUUGGAUCUUUAUGGAGAGGAAACACUGCUAAUGUUAUCCGUUAUUUCCCCACUCAGGCCCUGAACUUUGCAUUCAAGGACUACUUCAAGAGACUCUUUAACUUCAAAAAGGACCGUGAUGGCUACUGGAAGUGGUUUGCUGGCAACCUUGCAUCAGGUGGUGCUGCUGGUGCUUCCUCUUUGUUCUUUGUCUACUCCUUGGACUAUGCUCGUACCCGUCUUGCUAAUGAUGCCAAGGCUUCAAAGAAGGGAGGUGAGAGGCAGUUCAAUGGUUUGGUUGAUGUCUACAGGAAGACACUCAAAUCUGAUGGAAUUGCUGGACUAUACCGUGGAUUCAACAUUUCAUGUGUUGGUAUCAUUGUUUACCGUGGUUUGUACUUUGGAAUGUACGACUCCUUGAAGCCUGUCCUCUUGACAGGAAACCUGCAGGAUAGUUUCUUUGCUAGCUUUGGACUUGGUUGGCUCAUCACCAAUGGUGCUGGUCUUGCUUCUUACCCAAUUGAUACAGUUAGAAGAAGAAUGAUGAUGACAUCUGGUGAGGCAGUUAAGUACAAGAGCUCGCUUGAUGCAUUCACCCAGAUCGUUAAGAAUGAGGGAACCAAAUCUCUGUUCAAGGGUGCUGGUGCUAACAUCCUCCGAGCUGUUGCUGGUGCUGGUGUGUUGGCCGGAUACGACAAGCUUCAGGUUCUUGUUUUGGGAAAGAAAUACGGAUCUGGUGGUGCCUAAUAGGUCAGCCUCGUAACAUGCUUUUAGAAUUAGAUGGUGAUGAAAAUCUUUUUGGAGUUACAUUGGAGGAUUCAGUUGGGGAGACAAUUAUCAUUCUUCCUUUUGCCUUUUUGUAAUAAUUUAAAACCUUAGAGUGGGUUAAAGCACCAAAACCCCACACUCGUCUCCCUUGUUGAAGGGUUUUUACUAUUUUGUUUGGACGGACCACCUUAUUUCAACUGCAGAGUUUACAGAUUCUUGAUGAAUCUUUUGAUAAAAUCAAAUGCGGAUCAGUUUGGGAUUAA